AUGGGGAGCACUACCGAUUACAUGUUCGAGGGCUGGACAGCCAAGGAUGCCACCGGCAUCGAAGGGAAGAUGAACUGGCAGGAGAUCAAGCCCAAGGCGUGGGAGGAGACGGACGUCGAUAUCAAGGUGACGCACUGUGGAAUGUGCGGCUCGGAUCUGCACUUUUUGAGCAACGGCUGGGGCGCGAGCAACUACCCUCUCACAGUCGGACACGAGAUCGUCGGAGUAGCGGUCCGCGUGGGUUCCAAAGCUGCAAACGGCAUUCAAGUCGGCGACCGCGUCGGUGUGGGCGCCCAAGGUGACGCCUGUCUGGGCCGGUUCGGCAAGUGCCACGAGUGCGACGACGGCGAGGAGAACUACUGCGACAAGAUCGUCUGGGCGUACAACUCGCCCCAUUUCAACGGCGACAUCAACACGGGUGGUUUUGCGACGUACCACCGGUCGCCAAGCCACUUCGUCGUCAAGAUCCCUGAUGGGCUUGAGUCGAGCCAGGCAGCCCCGAUGCUGUGUGGUGGCGCUACCAUGUUCAGGCCGUUGAAGGUCCAUGGGGUCAAGCCCGGUAUGUCGGUUGGCAUUGUUGGCGUUGGUGGUCUCGGUCACUAUGGCGUACUGUUCGCAAAGGGCAUGGGUGCCAGGGCUGUCGGCAUCUCUAGGCGGGAGAACAAGAGACAGGAGGUCAUGAGCCUGGGCGCGGACGAGUAUAUUGCGACAGCAGAUGAGGAGGGCUGGGAGACCAAGCACGCAAGAAGCCUGGACCUCAUCAUCUCCACGGUGGCCUCCAGCAAGGUCCCCGUUGCUUCGUACAUGUCGCUGCUGAAGAAGGGCGGCAGUCUGGUGCAGGUUGGGCUGCCUGACGAUGGCCCUUUCCAAAUCCCAGGAAAUGUCAUUGUUCACGGCCGGACCAACUUUGAGGGAUCCCUGAUCGGAUCUCCUCAAGACCUGCGGGACAUGCUGGAGUUCGUCACCGAGAAGAAGAUCCGCGGUCUCGUCCAGGAACGCCCAAUGAGUGAUGCCAACAAGGCUGUCGUUGACCUGGAGGACGGCAAGGCCCGUUACCGAUACGUUCUGGUCAACGAGGCCUAA